AUGGAGGGACUAGGAUCGGCCGCGAGCGUUAUCGCAGUGGUCGAUCUAGCCGGCAAGGUCGCGACCGUCCUAUUCCAGUAUCUCACCGCAGUGAAACAUGCAAAGGCUGAGAUCGAGCGGUUGCGCGAGGAGCUGGACCGACUCAGCGCGACCCUUCAAAGUGCGCAACAAUUACUCGAGGGCCCAAAUGGGGACCAGCUCAAGACCGCCAAUUCGCAGGCGUUGCGCCGGGGUCUGGACGGGUCGUACGCGGAGUUGGUGAGUCUCGAGAGCAAGUUGAGGAAGAAGCUCGACUCCGGUUCAUCGCGUGUCAUGAGCAAGUUCGGAAUUCGGUCUCUGAAGUGGCCCUUGGAGAGCAAGGAUGUUGAUCGGAGUAUCGCGGCGCUUGAACGUCAGCGCGACACGUUAUCAGCUGCUCUUACGAUUGAUCAAGUUGAACAGGUUCUCGAUAUCAACCAGACCCUCCUCCUCUCCAAACUUCCAAUCGUGUGGGACGCCCUCUUCGAUUCCCAGGCCAACGAACACGAGUCACGAUGCCAUCCCGACACACGAGCCGAGCUUCUUCGAGAUAUAUACGACUGGGUGUAUGACGCAAACGGCAAGAGCGUCUUUUACUUGCAAGGCAUGGCAGGUACGGGCAAGUCGACCAUCUCGCGCACGGUCGCACAACAUCUGGUGGAAAGAGCGGACCGUCCUCUUGUUGCCACCUUCUUUUUCAAGAGAGGCGAGGAGGAUCGUGUAGAUGCCUCGCGCGUCAUCACAACACUCACUUCUCAGCUCAUUUCCAGAGAACCGGUCCUCGCUGCAAGUGUCAAGCGCGCCAUCGACGCCAAUCAUGCAAUCACUAACAGGCCAAUGGGCGAACAGUUCGAACAGCUCAUCCUUAGGCCUCUGGAAGGUCUUAAGCCAGGCAAAUCAAGAACGGUUGUUAUCAUUAUUGACGCUCUCGAUGAGUGCAGGAGCGAGGACGACAUUCGACAACUCAUCUAUCAGAUAUUCCGCGGUGCUAACAUGAAAUCGGAUACGAUUCGAUGGAGGGCGUUCCUGACCGGAAGACCCGAGCCGCCUGUCCGGCUUGGAAUUGGUGCUAUUCGCAGAGACAUUGAGCAGAGGAAGUUGGAGCUCGUGCCGGAGGCGGACAUUCACCACGAUCUGACUGCCUUCUUCAAGACCCGCUUCGCAAAAAUAAGAGCCGACUUCAAUACUCUUUGCCAUGCCGACUCGCAACUUCCCCAAAGCUGGCCUGGUCAUGAAGCUACUCAGCAGCUGGUCAACAUGGCUAUCCCCCUGUUCAUCUUUGCAGCAACUGUAUGCCGGUUCAUAGAGGAUCGAGCAUGGUCUGACCCUCGGGCGCAACUGGAAAAGAUCCUUCAGCAUGCCACUGCGUUCUCGGAGAUGGACAACCUGGAAGCCACCUACCUUCAGAUCCUCAGCCAACUGGCUGUCCCAUCUGAAGCUGCUCAGCAGACAUUGGAGGAUGAAUUUCGUAAGGUCGUUGGGACAAUUGCGGUCCUCGCCGAACCUCUCUCGGCCAACUCGCUCUCCCGAGUCCUAGGUCUACCGAAAUCAAGCAUUGAUGGCAGGCUGAUGUCUCUGCACUCAGUGCUUAGUGUGCCAGACUCCCCUGAUGUACCAAUAAAAAUGCUACAUCUAUCUUUUCGUGACUUUCUGGUCGAUCCAGCAAAGCGUGAUACGAAUCCGUUCUGGGGGUAUCUCGCAAAGAAAUCCCAGCCACGAGAAUUGAGUCAUGCCUGCCUACAGAAGUUCGAAUAUACCAGUUCCUCACCAAACAUCUUCUUCACUGGUUGGAAGCGUUAA